AAACGCUGCCGUUUUGAUAAUAAAUUACUAAUAAAAUGAUACGAAAAUAAAGCCUCAAUUAUGCAAAAUCAAAAUGCCGCUCUCUGUUUAAAAGGAUUAAUGGUCAGUGUAUGCCGCCCGCCCAGAAGUCGAAAGAGAAAAGCCCUCGAUUUCUAUUGGAUAUCUUCUCUUGAAAACUGAAAUCAACCUGAAAAUGGCUGCAACACUACUAGCUCAUAACUGCUUCCACAAUUCCCAGGCAGCCAAAAUCGUUUCCCGAAACCAAUUUGAAACGAGGAAGACAAACCAAAACCCUCAUGCUAUGACCAAGCCAAGAUUUUCAAAACCAAAGCGCAUACGUGGCAAUCAAUCUGAAACAUCAGAAGCCUUGAUUCGACCAAACAAUCCGACCCUCACGCGUGCUCUCCAGGCUUUUAUUGAUUCUGGGUCGAUGAAAAAUGCAGUCUACUUGUUUGAAGAAAUGAACCACUCAGAAACCUACACGUGGACUCUCAUGAUUAAGGGGUUUGUCAAUAAUGGGUUGUUUGAUGAGGCAAUUUAUUUUUCUCACAGAAUGGAGUUCGAAGGAGUUAGAGCUGACAAAUAUACGUACCCCUUUGUGAUCAAAGCCUGUGCAGGGUUAUUGUGUUUGAAAGAAGGAAAAGUUCAUGCAAAAUUGGUUAAGGUUGGGUUAGAUUUAGAUGUUUAUAUUUGCAACUCUCUUGUUUCUAUGUAUAUGAAACUUGGGUGUGUUGAAUCGGGUAAGAAAAUUUUCAAGGAGAUGCCUGUGAGAGACUUGGUUUCUUGGAAUUCUAUGGUUUCUGGGUACCAAUUAAUUGGUGAUGGCUUGAGUUCAUUGUGUUUGUUGCGGGAAAUGGUUUUGGAAGGAAUAAGACCAGAUGCGUUCAGUUUUAUUAGUGGUCUCGGAGCUUGUUCAAUUGAGGGUUGUGGAAGAAAUGGGAAAGAGAUUCAUUGUCAGGUUAUUAGAAGUGGAUUUGAAAUCGAUCUUAUGGUUGAGACAUCAAUGAUUGAUAUGUAUGGGAAAUGUGGUAAUGUGGAUUAUGCGGAGAGGGUAUUCACCAGGAUUGUUCACAAAAACAUUGUUGCUUGGAAUGCUAUGAUUGCUGGGUAUGUUUUUAAUGGUUGUUUCUAUGAGUCAUUCUCUUGUGUUAAGAAGAUGCAAGAGGUUGGUAAGUUGAGGCCAGAUGCCAUUACAAUGAUAAACUUACUUCCAUCUUGUGCACAUAUGGGAGCACUCUUGAUGGGUAAGUCUAUUCAUGCUAGUGCAAUCAGAAAAGGGUUUCUCCCUCAUCUAGUGUUGGAGACCGCUCUGGUUGACUUGUAUGGAAGGUGUGGGAAGUUGAAAUUGGCUGAACAUGUCUUUGCAGGAAUCAAUGAGAAGAACUUGGCAUCAUGGAAUGCAAUGAUGGCUGCUAAUGUACAGAAUGAACAGUACACAGAAGCCUUGGAACUUUUCCAGCUCAUUUUGUAUGAAUCUUUUAAACCCGAUGCAAUAACAAUUGCAAGUGUCCUACCAGCAUAUGCUGAAUUAACCUCCUUGACUGAGGGUAGGCAAAUCCAUGCUUUUAUUAUAAAACUGGGGCUUAGUUCUAAUACCAUCAUCUUGAAUUCAAUCACUUACUUGUAUGCCAAGUGUGGAGAUCUCCAGACUGCAAGGAGAUGUUUUGAUGGCAUGUUUUGUAAAGAUGUUGUCUCAUGGAACGCAAUCAUUAUGGCUUAUGCCAUUCAUGGGUUUGGGGGAAGUUCCAUUCAGUUGUUCCUUGAAAUGAUAGAAAAUGGUAUUGAGCCGAACAAGAGCACUUUUGUUUCCCUAUUAUCAGCUUGCAGCAUUUCUGGCAUGGUUGAUGAAGGGUGGGAAUACUUUAAUUCAAUGAAAAAAGACUAUGGUAUUGAUCCAGGAAUAGAGCACUUCGGUUGUAUGCUUGAUCUUAUUGGUCGAACAAGGAACCUUGAUCUAGCUAAACAUUUUAUUGAAGAAAUGCCCCUUGUACCAACCGCCAGGAUAUGGGGUUCUCUACUAGCCGCAAGUAGAAAGAGCAAUGACAUAGAAUUAGCAGAAGUUGCAGCCAAGCAUGCUUUAUCACUAGAGCAUGAUAAUACAGGGUGUUACAUCUUGCUUUCUAAUAUGUAUGCUGAAGCUGGGAGGUGGGGAGAUGUAGACAGGAUCAAAAGUCUUAUGAUUAGGGAAGGCCUAGCAAAAACAACAGGAUGUAGCACGAUUGAGACAGACUAUAAAAUUCACAGAUUUAUUGAUCUAGACGGGUCAAAUGCCCAAAUGAACAUGAUCAAGGAUGUGAUGGACGUCAUCUUGAGAAUGACUGGGGAAGAGCAAGAUGUUUAUGCUCGUAGCAUUACCAAGUUGAGAAGAAAAGAUUUGACAAGGAAAAGACCAAACUCACCCGAGAAUCAUAGUGUAAGAUUGGCCAUCUCUUUUGGAUUGAUCUCCACAAAGUUAGGGUCCCCUGUUGUUAUUAGAAAAAGCAUUAGAAUUUGCGAGGAUUGCCACAAUGUUGCAAAGAAGAUAUCAAAGAUUACUAAAAGAGAGAUAGUAGUCGGAGACUGCAAGGUAUUUCACCACUUUCAAGAUGGAAAUUGCUCUUGUGGAGAUUAUUGGUGAUAGCUGCUGUUCUGUACCAAUCUUAGCUAGAAUUACAAUUGUAAACAAACCUCCUAUAUGUAUUGUACAAGACCUCCUAUAUGUAUUGUACAAAUGAACAGAGACAUUGUAUAUAUCAAAAUGAUAGCAAUAAGAUUUUACAAUUUUUCUAGACUUUUCUUGCUACAAAUCUACAUUCCAAGACUUCAUCAGUUCGUGUUGUAGCCUUGUUGGUGCCACUUAAAUGUUGCCCUCCUAAAAAAAACAGUGUCACAGAGUUUGUCAUCUUUGUCAACUCAGUUUCUCUAACAAAUCGUAUACUGACUUCUGGUAAAUGUAUCUUGAGAAUUUCCUUUUCCACUUUUACCGACAUGAUUUGGUUGAAACAUCCCACGUUCAGACUUUCUCAUUACGAAUUUCGUUUCACCUUCCCA